AUGACUGAUGCUGGCUUCUUCAGUUGUAAUGUUGCUGAUCGUGUUAUUUGUAUCUAUUGUAACCUUAUCUGUCAACAAUGGAUUCCAAAUAGUGAUGAUCCUAGUCAUAUUCAUAGGAUUCUUUCACCAAAAUGUUCUUAUAUCAUUGGUAUACUAACUGGAUCUCAAACGUCUAUUCCAGUCAUCAAUGAACAGUCAACUAAUAAUCAAUCAUUAACAUCAAAUAAUAAUGAUAAUCUAACAAAUGAACAUGCUCGUUGGUUUCCUCAUUGUGCAUAUGCUAAGCAACUAUGUGAUAGUGAAUUGUAUGAAAAUAUUCAAGAGUCGAAACGAAUACAUCAAGAUGAGAGUACAUUAUCACGUCUAGUUGCUGACCGUCUUGAUUUACCUGUUUCAAUAAAUUUGUCGAAAGAUAAUUUCAAAGCAUCUAUUGUGAAACGAUGUUGGGAAGAUCAACUUCGAUUAAAACAUAAAGAUUUUGAGAGUGAUUGUGAUCUGUGGAUAGCUUGCACAAUCCUUCAAAAACAAAUAGAAGGUAUAAAUGGUAAAAAAGAAAAUAUCGUUGUACCAAAUUUAGCAAAAAGAAACCGUCAAGAGAUAGAUCAAACAGAAUCAUUAUCAAAAUCAGCAGCAACUUCUACAGGAAGUGUCAAGAGAAUAAAAUUAUUCGCAAUAGAAAAUGCUAUACCAAAUUGUAUAGAUGAUAUAGUAUCAUCGAACUCUUGUAAUGAUUGCAGUGCUGCUCUUAUACCAUGCCGUCAUUCUUCUGAUUAA